AUGUGUCCGCCGGUCACGGUCGUGUUGGAAAGCACCGCAAGCAUCCAGGUGGUCGCGGUCUCGCCGGUGGUCAACAUCACCACAGAACAAACAUGGAUAAAUACCAUCCUGGGUACGUCUACCCCUUGGAAAAAUUCGAGCCUGAAGAGGAGAUCGGUCUCGUUCGACCAAUUCUUCCCAAAGCUCGAUGUUUUGUGGCCCAAAUUGAGUGCUAAUUGCUGGACUAGUUACUUCGGAAAGGUCGGUAUGAGACACUUCCACCUGCUCAGAAACCACUACUGGAAACCCUCGAUCAACCUCGACAAGCUCUGGUCAUUGGUCCCCGAAGAGACUCGCGAAGCCUACGUUUCUGGCAAGAAGACCGAUACCGCUCCCGUCCUUGACCUCCUCCCUCUCGGAUACUCCAAAGUUCUCGGCAAGGGCCGCAUUCCCAAGAUCCCGAUUGUCGUAAGAGCAAGGUGGUUCAGCAAGGAGGCCGAGCGAAAGAUCAAGGAGGCUGGCGGUGUUGUUGAGUUGGUGGCAUGA